AAUUGCCGGUUACUUCUCGUGUUUUGUUCGUAAACCCCAACGUCUUUUUAACAACUGCUUCGAGUAUGUCAGUCUCUAAAUAACUCUUAACUGAGUAUCAAUUUGUGACAAUCAGUUUAUUGUGUUUAUAUCGUUUGACGUUAAUAUUGAAAUUGUCCAAUAUUUCAAAAUGGAUAUCGAAACUUGCAGCAGAGAUUCGGGAUUCAGCGACAUUGAAAAAAAGUCGAAUACCCCAGAAGCGGAUUCUUCUGAUGAAAUGGAAACUAGACGUAAAGCUAAAACCGUUGGAAGGAAACCGUCGGUUGCAAAAAGUGCGAAGAAACUAACCAAAGCCGAACGUGAAGAGCGAAAAGCACAAAAACUAAAAGAACAAGAGGAUAAAGCUCUCAAGAAAGAGAUGCUGCAAAGAGAAAAAGAAGAAAAACGACGUGAAAAGGAGGCCCAGGUACUUUUAAAACAACAGGAGAAAGAGGCACGAGCUUUAAAAAAGCAAUUAGAAGAGGAGGACAAGCAGCGAAGGGUUGCUGAAAAGGAACUUAGGAAGGAACAAAAAGUGGAGGAACAAAUUAGAGCAGCAGAAGAGAAACAAAAUGAAAAACAGAGGAAGAUUGAUGAAAAAGAACUUCUAAGGAAACAGAAAAUUGAGGAACAAAUAAGAAAUGCCAAGAUGAAAGAGGAGGAGAAAAUUAAGAGGAAGGAGGAGAAGAAAAGAAUGGAGGAAGAACAAAAGAGUGCGAGAAAGGAAAAGGCGUUAAAAGGAAUGAAAUACCUCCUCGGAAUAAGUGAAAAGUACUCCAACUUCUUUGUUAAUACCACUCAGAGUGUGAACAAAAAAGAUGUAUUGAAGGAAAAGAAUAAAUAUCAACCCACAAUUGAUGAUUUACAAGUGGCUUCAAUGAAUGAAGACCUGAAGGUGGAAGACAAAUCUACUGAAACUUUGAAUGCCAAAGAAGACUUAAAAUUAUUCAAUGGUAAAUUGAGACCAUACCAAAUUGAGGGAGUUACAUGGAUGACUACGCUUUACCACAAUGGCUUGAAUGGUAUACUAGCAGACGAAAUGGGCCUUGGUAAAACCGUCCAAAUCAUCGCACUUAUCGCUUACCAACUGCAACGUGGAGUCGCCGGCCCGUACAUGAUUGUCGCCCCAUUGUCGACGAUUCCUAAUUGGAUCAGUGAAUUCGAGAGAUUCGCCCCACAAAUUCCCGUCGUUGUUUUUCCCGGCGAAGCUGGCGUCCGUGAACGGGCCAAACCUAAAAUCGCAGCAACCUAUAAAGUUGGUGGGCACACAACCCGACCAGUCGUAAUCACAAAUUUCGGAGUACCAUUGAGGGAAACCAGUUUCCUUGAUAAAUUCGUAUGGCAGUACAUUAUUAUCGACGAGGGACACAGGAUCAAAAAUCACGAGUCCAAAUUAUCGGUCAUUCUGAGAAACUUAAAUUCAACAAAUCGUCUUCUAUUAACUGGUACUCCACUUCAGAACAACAUCACCGAAUUAUGGGCACUCUUGAAUUUCGUUCUGCCGCACAUUUUCAAUAAGCUGGACACCUUCGAAACACUGUUUGAAAUUGAAACGGUUCAAGACAAGAACAAGAUUCUGGAAUCAGAGGAAAAGGACAACAUUGUCUCAACAAUCCACAAAGUUUUGGGUCCGUUCAUGUUGCGCCGUUUGAAAUCAGAGGUGUUGGACGACAUGGUACCUAAAAAGGAAGUGGUCAUCUCCUGCCCCAUGUCAAAAAUGCAAAAAGAUCUUUACAAAUACGUGUUGGAUCACAACAUCGCAAAAUUGAAGGGAGAUGCGGAGGAGGAGGAAGAGGUGGACUUGUAUGCACCGAGGAAGAAGAGGAAAUGCACGGAAAACCGGAGGUAUUUCCGCGAUAACGAGAACGAAGACGAUCUCUCCGACUAUGAACAGCAUAUGGAAGAAAUGGAGAAAAUCCGAAUCGGUAAUUUGCCCAAGAAGGAAAAGAAGGAGUUCAUCCAUCGGGUUACGAUGUCCAACAGCGUUGUGAUGUACAAGAAAAUCGUCGACCAUCCCUACUUGGUACAUUUUCCACUAGACCCUAAUAGCACAGAGAAAAAGCUCUUAGUUGAUGAAAAUUUAAUUAACCACAGUGGGAAAAUGAUUGUCUUGCAGACCAUGUUAAAGAAACUCAAAGAGAAGGGACAUAAGGUUUUAUUGUUCAGCACACUAGUCAUGAUGUUAGAUAUAAUAGAGGAGUUAAUGAUAAUGCGCGGCAUCAAAUACCAAAGGCUGGACGGCAGUUACAGUCUGCAGGAACGGCAGGAAUGUAUAGACAAGUUUAACAACGACCCAGACUGUUUCGUCUUCCUGAUCUCCACACGAUCCGGGGGACUCGGCCUCAAUCUCACCUCUGCCGACACUGUCAUCUUUUUCGAUCGCGAUUGGAAUCCUCAAGCCGACAUACAAGCGCAGGACCGAUGCCACAGAAUCGGUCAAACGCGACCGGUGGUCGUCUACACGUUGGUCCUGCGAAACACAAUAGACGAACAAAUCAUCGCGUCCGGAAACAUGAAAAGAAGACUGGAAAAAAUCGUGAUCCGCGAUGGUAAAUUCAAAACCCUGGACAGCAAUGAACGUAACAAAACGGAAAACGAUCUGCUGGAGCUGAAGAAACUGUUGAUGGACGAGGAAAACGCCCAGAGUAUCGAUGAAUUCUCCGACGCGCAUCUGGACAAACUGUUGGAUAGGUCUGAUCUCUACGAAAUGAUGCGGGCUAAAGAAAAAAAAGAUAAAGAAAAUCUACCUCGAACAAAAAAAUGAAACCUGUUUUUUUUGUUUUUUGUGUAUUUAUGCACUAUAGUAAUUUAAUUUAUUUAUUAUUUCUUCCUUUUUCAUGAGUAUUCUUGUUAAUUUUAAUAUUUGUAUUAAAUAAUAUGUAUAUAUAUUUUUUUAAUCUA